UCUGGCCACGAGGUACAAAAGCACGACGCCAUUACGGCUUGAUUUUUCGCAAGACUAGCCGAGUGCGGGAACAUUAUUUUCCACGACUCAAAACCUAAUCGCGCAUCGUCGCAACGAAGAACUUGACCGCGGCGGCGUUGAAGAGGACCCCUCGGUCCUGAUGUCGAAUCCGUCGUCACCGCCGGCGUAGGAUCUGAAAAGCUCGGCGAACGACAGCUCAUCCAGGGGACGAGACAUGUCUUCUCGUCCGUUCAGAGGAGGCCGCAGAGGCCGUGGCGGUGGCUUUAUUCCAAGGGGCCAGUUUCGUGGUCGUGGCCGAGGUUUUCGCGGACAACCGUACGAACCUAGGGGCAGGGGUCGGGGUAGGGGCAACUACAACAAGCGGUUCGACGACGACAGAUCGUCGGGCCGGUACAAGUCGGAACGCUACUACCCGUCAGCCAGGUCUAGGACGCGGUCUCGGUCGAGAUCGAGAUCGUAUUCGCGCUCGAGCUCUCGGUCUCGGUCUAGGUCCAGGACUAGGAGCCGGUCUAGGUCGCGGGAAGUCACCAGGGCAAGGAAGAUGCCGACAAAGAAAGAACUGCAGAACGUUGUCAAGAAUGUGAGCGAGGUCAUAUCUAAAGAGCGAAAGGAAGCCAAGCGGGAGCCCCCUCCAAACCCCACGCCGAGCAACCGAAGGUACUAUAAUCAAGAACCGCCGCAGCAGCAGCAACAACAGCAACAGCAGCAGCAACAAGGGGGAGGCAGCCAUCGGAACUCGAGUCCUCCUCCAGGGGGUGGAGUCGGGGGAGGAGACAAUCCUUUCUCUCGAGACUUCGACGACAGGGACUCGCCCCCACCCGAGCCUAAGACGCCGCGCCGCACGCAAGCACCCAUGACACCGCAUCGCACGCAAGCACCGCAGACGCCGGGAGGUAGUUUCAGGUCUCAGCUGCUAGAGAUGGCUAUGAAGGAAAAGCAGAAACUGGGGCUGGACAAGCUGGACUCCCCGCGGUCGAGCUCCUUGGCGCUCAAGGCCAUCCAGGGCUACUCGGAGGAAGCGCGCUCUCCGGAAAACUCGGACCCCGACGACUCACACUCCAGAGACCUGUACGAUGACCUGCCAAAGCCCUUAUUUCCCAUCUCGGGCAAGGACGGUCCUGGCGCCAGGAAGCAGCAGCAGCAUCACGCCGGCUCCGGCGGGAACAAGAAGUUCACGGCUUCGUUCCAGCCCCUGGACGAGCCACGCAAGAAGGUGGCAGACGACAUCUUCCCGGGGGUGGACGAGUUCGAUCCGCGGCUGGACACGCGGUCCCCGCUGCGUUCGGAUUCCCGGUCGGAUUCGCGUUUCGACCACCGCCCGGAAAUGCACUCCGACUACCGCUCGGAGGUCAGGCCGCCGUCGAACUCCAGGCAUGACAACAGCCGGUCGGACCUCAGGUACAGGGGAGACGAGACAAGGGGUCAGCAGAGGCAGCAGCAGCAGCAGCAGCAGACGGUCACCAUCCCCGGACUGGGAAUCGACGAGAACAUAGACGACGAGGAUGCCUUUCUCUACGGAGACACUGAGUUCCUGCACGGUCCAUCGGGUCACGGUCCCUCGGGGCACGGUUCUUCGAGCCGCAAGCCGUCGAUGGAUGACUUCCUUGAAGAGGAUCGGAUGCAAGAGCAGCAGCGGCGGCACGAAGCACAACAACAGCGGCACGAAGUGCAACAGCAGCGGCAUGAAGUGCAACAGCAGCAAUCCCGGCCAUCGGAGCGAGACUCUUGGCUGUCCUCGCAGCAGCAACAGAAGCCACGGUACCGCGACACUCCGCCGGCAGCCGACGAGUCGGCCUUGACCAUCGACCUCAAUCUCCAGUUCGACCGCCGCGGCAAGUCGGUGGCAGAGGGGCGACUCGCCGCAGAGAAGAUGGCGGCCUUCAGAGAUGGCGGGGGAAGGACGGGGCUCGCGGAGGCGGGGCCGCAGCGGAGGGCGCCGCCUCCCUCCACCUUCGACGACGACCUCCUGUUUGCGCAAGCACGCAGGUCAAUGCCGCGCCGGCGGACGCCCUCACCGAGCAUCAGCCCGCCCCCGCCGGUCCGUGCGCAGCCCAAGCCCGCCCCAUCGAGGGCAGCGGCCACGGCCGGUCCGACGUCCAUCGAGCAGAUGAAGCAGGAACUGAUGCAGCUGAAGAUGAUGCUGAGCAAGGAGAAGGCGGCAGCCGCCGCCGCUCACUCGGGGGAGGAUGCGUACGAGCAGCGUAAGCGGCUGAGGAGUCCGUCGCAGGAAGGGUCGUAUGGGAGGGCGCGGAGCCCGAGCCCGGCGAAGCGGAGACGAGAGAGCUAUUCGCCGCCACCGUCGUACCGGCGCGGCCAUUCCCCACCCUCGCACCGGAACCGGAGUCCAAUCGACCGGUACCGUCACCCGUCGCCGCCGUCCUCAUCAUACCGUCGCGAGCGGCGCGAGAGCCCGUAUUACCGCGGUGGUGCGACGCCGUCGCGGAGCCGCUACUCGCGGUCUCCUGGCAACAGUCGCUCGCCGGCGUCGGACCGUUCUUCGGGGCGCCGCAACUGGUCCCCGAGCCCGCCGCGCCGCUCCCGGCGCACUGGAGGCGCAGGGGGCCGUACGCCGCGCUACCGCGAGAGCCCGCGGAGGGAUGAGGCACCCUCACCCGUGGGCCCGCCCCCGCAGGCCUACUUCCAGGAGGCCGUCCCGCCCGCCCAGCCGCCGCCCUACUACGAGGCCCCGCCCCUGGCCCCGCCUCCGAACCUGUCAGUCCCACCCCCCAACUUCAACAUGGCGGCCGCGGCGGCGGCGCCACCUUACUUCGGGUACCAGCAGCAGGCGGCGCCACCCGGAGCGAGCUUCCCAUACCCGCCGCCGCCCAACGUGGCGCCGGUGGUGUCGACGGCCGCGCGGUCGAACCUCCGCAUGGUACCGCUGCAGGGUGCGGUGCCGAUCGUGACCCCGGUGAAGGAGGAGUCCGUGGAGGCCGUGAAGCAGGAGGCGGGGGACGCAAAGCCUCCGAAGGGGGUCCAGCUCACGAAGACGGGGGUGACCCAGGAGGAGAUCGAUCACUACCUACGACUGGUGGAGCAGAAGGAUGGCUACCGGGAAAGGAUGACCAUGCUGAAGCAGGAGCUGGUGCGGCUGGGCAAGAUACAGAACGACAUCAUGAGGCGGCGGCAGCAUGAAAGGGACGGCCACCGGGAUCCAUUCCUGCUGGAGAGCAGCAGCAUGUAUGAGGACGUCAAGAAGCAGGUGAUGGACGUCACGUCAAGCGUGGAGGAGAUCUCCCGCAAGAUUUUCAAGGUCACCCAGAAGGUCAAGCUGGAGGCCCUCAACUACAAGAGGAGGCUCGAGGAAGAGGCCCAAGCAGCAGAGAGCCCGGACACAGCCGGGAUCAAGUUCAUCUACGAAGACACACAGGAGCACUGGUGUCAGCCAUGCAACAUGGUGAUGCAUUCAGUCAACGACAUGUUCAAGCAUCUUCACUCCCCCAAACACAAGGAGACCAUCCCGGCACACGAACGACCUUGGGCCGACCUUGAGAAGCCGGAACCCAUCUGCAAGCCGUACAAGAGGACCAUUGUCGCCACCGUCAAAGGCGUCCAGUUCAUGGUCGGCAUGUCCGGCUACUACUGCAAGCUGUGCAAGGUGAUGAGUGGCGACUCUGCCAUGGCACGGAAUCACCUGCACAGUGUCGAGCAUAACCAGAACUACACGAAAUACACGCUGCUGAACCCGUACUAUGAACGCCGUUGGAAGAUCGAGCGCGACAUGGCGAUUGGCAGCGCGGUCAAGGACGAGAAGGACAAGGAGAAAAAGGACAAGGAGAAGGAAAAAGACAAGGACAAGGACAAGGAAAAGGACAAGCGGCGACAGCGCUCCAAGUCUAGGUCUAAGUCUCCCGCCACGUCGGAUCACUCCUCCUCAAAAAAGUCCUCGGGGAGCUCUUCAAAGAAGAAAAAGGAGGAGCAAGACAAGAUCCGACGGAAGAGCGAGGAACUGCUCCGCGCGGAGCGGGAAAGCAACCGUUCCGUCAAAGAACUCGACGACGAAGACAUGUCGUCCUCGGCGAAGGACGCGCCGCCUGCCACCAAGGCACCCGAGAAGACUGGCGGCAUCAAGCUGAAGCUGCUGAAGGGACAGAAGACGCAGAAACCUGUCAAAGCGACGCCCGUCGUCAUCAUCGGGAAGGCGCCGUGCUUCAGGCCCUCGUUCCUGUCGGGCAAGGCGAAGCCGACAACAGCGGCUUCGGCCAAGACGGAGGAGAAGCCAUACGGUCCGGCUCUGCCCCCGGACCUGGCUGCGGCUACGUCGGAGGCCGCAGCCGAAGCUGCGGCCAAGGCGGCGGCUCUGGUGGCGGAAGCCAAGAAGAACGAAGUCCUGGAGAUUCCGUUGCCCGUGCCGCCUGCUAAGGUGGUCGCUCCCAAAACCUCUUUUGCCACCGUGACGACCGUGAGCGCAGCGGUGCCGACGUCUGCCAUGCCCGCCCUAGUGGCCACGACGCAGAAGCAGCCGCUGAGGGUCGGAGUCGUGAGGAAGAAGUCGUUGCUGGGACCGGGUCCAGGCCUGACCGAAGAAGACAUGGACCUCAAGCUUCUUGGCAUCGAGCGCGACGACAUCAAGCCCAUUGCACCGGUGAUACCGCCGCCCGUCUACUCGGCCGUCCAGCUGCCCAACCUGUCCGUGCCGCCGCCCAUGUUUACCGUGCCCCCGCCUCCGAUCUGCACGAGCUUUCCGCCGCCGACCUACAUCCCGCCACCCCCGCUGUCCGCUAUGGUACAUGCAACUGCUCAGUCAGUUGGCAGUGGUGGUGCACUUGUGGCACAGUAUGACCCUACAAGGCCGCCUCCGAUUGCUGGGAACAUGAGAGGCCUCAUAAACACCACCCCAGUUGCAUGUCCACCUGUCGCCGCCAUGCCUGCCUUGCUGCAGCCACCUCCUCCUCCACCCCCAGAAGAACCAGAACCGACAAUGUUUGCGGCGCCGGUUGCAGUGCCGGUUGCAGCGCCUGUUGCAGCGCCUGUUGCAGCACCUGUUGCAGCACCGGCUGCAGUGCCGGUUGCAGCACCGGUUGUGUCACCAGUUGUUGCACCAGUUGCAGCAUUGAACGUUGAGGCAGUUCUCAUGGACUUGGAUGAAGAGAGCACCGUUAAAACCAGCGUAGCCAGCAUUGUACCGCCAAAGGAGCAGGCAUCUGUGAAAAUCGAUGCCACUCUAGAGACAUCUGGAGUGGCUAAUGAGAAAACUGAGGCAGUAAUGUCACCUCAAACCCCUGAGAGUGGAACUGUCCAUGCAUUGGGAGUAGUCGAAGUGCAGACUGGAAGUGCAAGCAUGGUGACUUCUCAGCCACCUGUUGUUGAGAGCAUUGAGACACCAGCCAGGACUGAAGUGCAGCAUGAGACUAUUGAGCCACUCAAGAAUGGUGAAAGUGAAGAAAGGUUGCCGACAUUGGAAGCGGCUCAACUGAAGACUGGAGGUACUGACUCUUCCUCAAGUGUGACAACAGAUGAACCUUUUGCUGCUGAAGGCAUCCAGAUACCCUCAGUGGAUCAAGUCCAAUCUGAAAUUGCUCAGUUACCCAAGGGUACUGGAGGCACAGCUGUACAGCCAUCACAAGCCUUUCCAAUGGAAACGUCUGACUCGUGUGCAAUCUCAACAACUGGUCAGCUGCCUGCUGAAGAAACUGUCCAGGAAUCUUCAAUAACCGAGGCCCAGCCAGAGACCCAGGUACCCGUAAGUACGGAGAGUGACACUGCGCAGACAACAGUAGUGGCACCGAUGCAGACUGAAAAUGUUGACUCAUCUGCAUGUAAGCCUCUUAAUCAGCCACUUGUUGACAGUGGACAAACAUUGCUGGUUCAAGGACAACCUGAGAGUACUCAGUCAAUUCCAGUUACUGAAAGCACAACAUUGCACUCAUUGCAUGUCCAGGUGAAGGCUGGAAGGGCCGAAGCAUCUGCAGGCACUGUGUCUGACCAAUCAGCUACAACUGCAGGCAACCAAGCAUCAGCAGUAGCCCCAGUGCACUCAUUGCAUGCUAAGAUACUUCCGAGUGACUCAAGUGUUAAGGUCCAGGCACCAGAAGUCUGUCAGACUCCUUCUGAAAAUGCUGCAUCAGUCGAAAACGAGAGCAAGACAGCCCUAUCAUCGGAAGAGGCUCAAGACCAGUCAGAAGACGACUUACCACUGGCAAGCUUGGCAAUACGUCAGUUAGCUGCCCUUCAAGCCGCAGCUAUUCAGGCAUCAGAACCAGUGGAAGUGCAGCCUGAAAGUCCAAAGGCAUUUACAACUACAGUUAAGGAUAAAUCCUUGACCAGCACAACUGCUGUAACUAAGCCCACCCUAGAACUGGCUCCAGUGCAGCCUGAAAGUGCGGAUUCACAUGUGGUUACAAUUAUUAACCACUCAUCUGCAUGCAAAAGUUUACCUGUGCCGCUGCAGGAGCCAGAAAUAACACAGAAGCAUCCAGAAGGGGUAGAGUCCAGCCAAGUUUCAGCGGAAGCUCAGUCUUCUGUCAUAAGUGAGGUAAUGCCUGACGGCUUGAACUCGAAUGUGAUUCCGCAUCAACCAAGAAGUGAGGAAUUGUUAACAAGUGCUGCCCAAGAUCAGCUAUCUCCCUGUGAAACUGUGCAACCUACUCCUCAAAUAACCGAGAUGGCACAAACACAGCCAACAUGUUCUCAGGUGCCCUCUGAGGUCACUCAAGUGCAACAGCCUGAAAGUGUGCAUUUGGUAGCUACCACGAAAAUGGCUCCAACACACAAUGUUGUAGCCACUGAAGCUACAUUUUUUGAUCCCCAGCCCUCAUCCCCUUCUGUGAUGAAGAUUUUGUCAGAGCAAGAGGUCGUACAAAGGCCAAUUACACAGUUGGCUGCACAGUCACAAACUGAUGUGACCCCGACAUCCAUGGGAACAACAUGUGAUAAUGAUGCAGCAAGUGCAGUUCAGCAGAUGACAAGUUCAGAACCCACGGAAGUGGGCUCGGUGGCCCAGAGCAUUAAUCCUACCUCGGAACAUGAUGAUACCAGCUGGGAGGCAGAAGACGUACCAAGACAGAAGCCCGAUGAAGCUAGGGCUGACAUAGCAAGUUUGGAUACUCAGAAUGCCAGCCAAACCCUAGCACUUGAGCAAGAAAGAAAAGUCCCCGAGGCAGACGGAAAGAGUGUACAAAGUUCAGCGAUGAAGCAAGUAGCUUCGUCAUCAGUGAUGGGGGAUCCCUUUCAGCUUGGCUUUCAAGUGGACAGCACCAGUUCACAAGAAUGCAGAAGUCCUACCCUAGUCCCGACAUCCGAUAGCUUAAGCACAGCUUCUGCAGGCAUUGCCCCAAAUACAGGUGCGGCGAGUGACAUCCAGGCUUCGGUUGCUGAGGGGUCCGGCUCUUUUGAAGAGGCUCCCUGCUUCUCCAUCAUAAACGUGGUCAGCUUGGCCCCCGGUUCAUUGGCCGCAGGUUCGGAAGACUACUCCACAAUCACCGAGGACCUCUCAAUGACAUCCGAGAACAUCACAGAAGACAUGGGCCUCACAGCAGGCACAAACACAGCCCUCAAGUCACAUCCGUGGUCGGAUUUCAGUACGGACGAUCGAGUGGUCCCCAGCACAGGGCAGGCAUCGAGAGCGCUGACCGCCGAAAAACGUCGGUUUGGUUCGGCCGCUGAAGAAGAUUGUUCGGUGCCUGUCAUCACGACCUUGGGCCUUGACAGUCUUCUGGACGACUGUUCCGACUGGAAGAGCGCCAUCCUGGAAGUCACCGAAGGCCCGCUGGACGACAACAUCACGGGGGGUUGCCUCUUUAACGACGACUCUGUUUCAGCGGAUCCGCUGGCGAAGACAGAGUCUGUUCUGCUGAGUGCAGGCGCAAACAAGAUGGACGACGAGGCGUGGCCAACCGGGGCCCAGACGUCCAACUUGGGCAAAGCGACAGUGGAAGAUGCGUUGCUCGGCGCUGGGGAUCCAGUGACCGAGGAUGCCAAAGACGAGUUGGAGGAUAACAGAAUCCAGGACAUGGAGUUUGCAGUGCUUGACGAGUGCUCCGACGAAGCUCAGGCCGACGAAGCCCCUGCUAACGAAGACGAUGACAUCAUAGUGAUGGACCAAGCUUGAACAGCUGUGGAGACAAAAGGACAUUGUUGUGUUUUAUUUGGCCCUUUGUUUUUUUUUUCUUUUGUUUUUGUUUUGUCUUAUCCUAGUGGCAACGACGUCUAUUCUCGUGUUUUCCCACCCGUUUUACCUGGCAUUUUCGUGCCAUCCAGGUGUCGUGCAUAACCAACAUUCUUCUUUUUUUCUCUCCCAUGUCAUGACUAUCAGAGCACUGUGUAUCUUUGAAGAAAAAAAAGAUGUGGAUUGAUAUUUGUGUUUUCUUGUAGGGUUGGGCUGUGUGUCAACUUGCUAUAAGAGAAUUUUUUUGGCUCUGUUUGCUUCUUUGUCAAUGUAUCCGGCAUCCCAACGUUCCGAAUAAAGUAAAAAGAAAUUUGGUCUC